AAGGUUCUGCUGAUUAUGCUGGCAUCCAGGGCUUGCAAGCGGCAGCCUCAGGACCCGGGGCUGUGGUAGGUCACAGUCUCUGAGCAGGUCUCAGUGUCCAACACUGUGGCUGGUGCCCGCCAGGUUCCCAGUGGCUGGGGUCACCAGGUCUGAAGAGAGAUGUGCUGGCUGCGGGCGUGGGGCCAGAUCCUCCUGCCAGUUUUCCUCUCCCUCUUUCUCAUCCAAUUGCUUAUCAGCUUCUCAGAGAUUGGUUUUAUCCACAGCCCCAGGAACAAUCAGAAACCAAGAGAUGGGAAUGAAGAGGAAUGUGCUGUAAAGAAGAGUUGUCAAUUGUGCACAGAAGAUAAGAAAUGUGUUUGGUGUAGUGAAGAAAAAGCAUGCAAAAAAUACUGUUUUCCAUAUUUCGAAUGUCGAUUCAGUUCUAUAUAUUGGUUAAACUGUAAAGUUGACAUGUUUGGAAUCAUGAUGCUUCUACUCAUUGCAAUAUUAAUUACAGGAUUCGUUUGGUACUGCUGCGCCUAUCACUUUUACCUGCAGGAAAAUCGUGUCUAUUUUUAUGGAAGACGAGAAACAGUUCCUAUUCACGACCGCAGUGCUACUGGCAAGUGUUUUUGUUUAUUUGAUGGAACAUCCCAGACUCCUUCAGUAACAGCUUGUUCCCUUGUUCCAAACAUCAAAAUUAAAGCAUGAGUAGAGGCCAGGUGCAGUGGCUCACACCUGUAAUCUCAAUGCUUUGAAAGGCCAAGGUGGGAGGAUUUGCUUGAGGCUAGAAAUUCGAGGUUAUGGUGAACACCUUGCAUUGCAUACAUACUGCGCCAUUGCAUUUCAGCCUGGGCUACAGAGGAAGACCCUGUCUCUGAAAACAACAAAAAUCAAAGUAUGGUAGGACUCAUAACAACAGAUUUCAUUUUUCCCGUUUCCAUGAUACAUUUUGGUAACCUCAAUAGCUAGAACAGGAUUGGUAAAAUCACAAUAUUGAUAGAGAAGGGCUAAAAUUUUCCAACCCAGUUGGAGAUAUUCAUAGCUUCCCCUGCUACCCCAACCCCCCCUCCACAAAAGCAACCCAACAAAAGAUGACCGUUGUCUUCAGGAAUUCUUGCAGGCUUUCCCAGAUUAAUUCACUUCAUCUACCUGGUUCCUUGGCUAACCUACUAUCCGCUCUCCUCAACUCUAUUCUAAACUUUCCCUUACUUACAAAGCUUUCCCUUAUCCAGGACUCAAAUCUUGGCUUCCUUUGGCUGAUCAUCCACAGUUCCUGGGCAGGCACUCCCAAUCCUCUACCCAGGUCUGGAUCCUGAAAACCCAACUGGAGUCAAAAUCAUGAUCCCCCUGUUCACUUAAUUGGACUAAAAAAAAAUUUUACAUCAUAAUAAUAUGACUGAGGAAAGAGUACUGCAUAGUCCUUUAUAAUUACUAUUAAAAAAUAACUUUGCAGGGUUGGGGGGAGCUUCAGAUUAUUUUAGUGCUUUGGGCUGCAGGGGCAUAAUGAUAGGGAAUGUAGAAAAGCCUGGGACCCAUACUUUGAGGUUGCAAAAUCUGGAUGAGAAGCAGGGUGAACCUUUUAGGGUAAGGAUGAAAUGGUAAACACAUACACACUCUUUUGUCAACUCCUAGACUUUGUUAUGUAGAAAUUGUUUGGGUGAUAAUUGGAUCAUGAAAUGUUUCAAAAAGCUAUUUUAGGACAGGAGCCAAAGUGUAGGACAAAUGCUGCUUCUUCCGAAGGUUGAAAUCAAACCAGGGAGUUGCAGAGAAUAACGCUGCAUUUCAAUUUUUCCCCAUCCAUUUUAAAUUCGACAACACAUUGACCUAGGAAAAACACUGAAAAGAGCACAAGGUUAGGUAUUUAUUUAGUUUAGGUAGACACAGUUAUCUUUACACAGAUUGAGAAUUGUCAGAUUCAUUGUAGGGAAUAAAGUGUAAUCAAAUUCACAAGGCAGGAUGAUUUUUCACCCAUGAGAGAGCCCAUUGGGAAUGCCUACAUUAAAGGCUUGAGUAAGUGAAACAGGGUUCUGCAAAAGAAAUUGAGAAGAAGAUGAAAAAGUGGGAGACUGCGGUGUCAUAGACAUCAAGAGAAAGGGGUCUGAAGAUGGAGGGAGAGAGAUUCAUGAGUGUCCUCUGGACUUACACAUUGGGAGAUGAUUGGUAAGAGGUUUGCAUAUGGUAGUUUUCAGAGUAUUUAUGCAAGACAUAGAAUAAACAGGCUUCUGACUGUGGAAUAGGAAAAUAUGGAGCCUAUAAAAUGUUACGUACACUGCGAUACUCCUCACCUGUGAAGACAGUUAUUCUUCAGGAUUGGUGGUAAUAGUGCCCUUCUUGGUCCACACUUCUUUCCUAGAAAAUGAAUUCAGAAGAUGGUUUGCUGGGAUUAGGGAUUCAUUAAGCAUUCAUGAAGCAUCCACAGCUUUUCUGUCACUGGAGACAACUAGUCUUGUGGUCACCAUCAAAUAUCUGAUCUUUUCCUUUUUGUCAAUUACAAGUUGAUAGUACCUUAAGUCACUUGAGCCCUAAAUAUUAAAAUAGCAACAAUAUUAAAAUCUCAGAAAUCUUUUUAUUAUUCAUAAAUGUUUCAUGUUUAACAUUUUAAAAAUUACAUGUUUUUAUUGACUUUUCCUAGAAAGAAUUUGAAAAGAUAAAUUUAUUUUCUUUUCUCAUAGUAUAUGAUGAAUAGAUAAUUGAAAAGAGAUCUUCCAGAAAGAGCAGAAGGAAGUUUCUUCAAUGGCUUCCUUCAGGAUUUUAAUCAUCCUUACAGCCUCUUUGAGAAUGAUUGAACUUCCAAAUUCCCUAAAGUUAAAAUUUUAAAUUCUAUUAAACAUUUUUUCGAGUAUUUCA